AUGUUUUCCUACACAUUCCGCUCCAGCCUUUCAAGGCGCGCUGUCGCCCCAAAAAUCUCUCUCCGCACAUAUGCGAGUCAGACACCAGGCAACCCGAUGCUGGAGGUCUUCAACCGCAAAAUGAAGCACCUGCAGAAAGACCGUGCAGCCCAGAAUGUCGAAGAAAGCCGAAAAGUCGACUAUCUGAAAGAUGAAGUGGCAAUGCGAUUAUGUGAACGAUUACUGGACAUCAAGCGCAAUUUCCCCCACGUUCUCGAUCUAGGCGCGAACAGCUGCAACAUCGCGAAAGCCCUCACAACUCCCAACCUCGACACGACCACACCGGAAGGAACGGUCUCGCCACCACUGGCCGACAAAAUCUCAAAGCUAACCUGCGUGGAGACAUCGCGGGCUUUGCUCCACCGAGACGAGGACUUACCAUUCAACAACGAGAUCGAUAUCCAGCGGGAUAUCAUCCCGGACCUGGAGACGCUGCCAUACGAGCCGAACAGCUUCGACGCCGUGCUCUCGUCCCUGUCAAUCCACUGGAUCAAUGACCUGCCCGCGCUGCUGGAGCAAAUUAACACAAUACUCAAGCCGGAUGCGCCAUUCAUCGCCGCCAUGUUUGGUGGUGAUACGCUGUAUGAACUGCGGGGAUCGUUGCAGCUGGCCGAUAUGGAGCGACGCGGUGGUGUCAGUCCGCAUGUGUCGCCGCUGGCUGAUGUCAAGGAUGUUGGAAGCUUGUUGAACCGGGCUGGUUUUAAGAUGCUGACGGUUGAUGUUGAGGAUAUUGUGGUUGAGUUCCCUGAUACCUUUGCUUUGAUGCAGGACUUGCAGGCUAUGGGUGAGAGUAAUGCGAUUAUGAACCGCGACUCGGCGCCACUGUCGCGGGAUGUGCUGCUGGCUAAUGAGGCUAUCUAUCGCAAUUUGCACAUGGAGGAUGGUGCUCCUGGCAUCCCGGCUACGUUCCGACUGAUCUACAUGAUUGGAUGGAAGGAGGGCAAGGGCCAGGCGCAGCCAUUGCAGCGCGGUACUGGUGAUGUCAACCUCAAGGAUAUCCUUGGCGGCGGGGAGUUUGACAGGCCAUGA